AUGUCGGCAGCCUCUUCCUUCAGCAGUUUCAAUGACGAUGCGGACGCAGAAGAAACAAGCGUAUCAGAACAUUGGCAUGAUGCAUCACAGAUCAGUCCGCUGCAAGAGGAACCACAAAUGCACGUUCGAUUUCGAUCCAAUGGCCCACCUCAAGACAUCCCGCGUAACCCACCAGACAUUACCCUGCAAGAUGAAUGGGACCAUUCUCAACGGCAAGGAGAAGCACACAGACCGACCGCUCCGUAUGCGCAUGAAUCAGAAGACAUCGCCGACACGCCAGAGAAAGAUCGUGCUCCUGAAUCCAAUCAGCCCCAGGGUGACGCGGGCCUCGAUGUCAUAGACCAUGCAGCAAAAGCAGAAAACCAGAAGGAAGAAAACGACGAGCCCGAAGGUUCUAAGCAAAAGAGUCUGAAGGAAAAAUGGCGAUAUGCAAAGGAAACCCUCAGAUUCAAAGCUGGCUUACUGGGAGAUCGCAUGGGUCGGCCAGUGUCGGAGGGGGACGAUCUGUCAUCCGGAAAAUAUAGACCCGACUGGGCAACUGGGGGUGCUGCUGCGCUAUCAGACUUCACAGACGACAAACAUAAGUCGGAUGAAGAAAAGUUAAAGCACCAAGCAGCGAGCAGCUCCGAGGCACAUCGUCUUGUGCGAGACUUGACCCAGGACCAUUCUCAGAAACGUCGCAAAGGACGUGGAAGGCCAUAUCCAUAUGCUGGAAGCCAUUUUCAAGAAGAGGAAAACCCAACAGGUGCGGAUGCGAGCUUGCGAUAUAGAUCUGGAGGUGGUGGCAUUCUAUCACAGUUAAUAAAAUUGAAUGGUGGACAGCAACCUGGCCAGCAGCAAGAUGCUGGACAAGUUUCUCGAGCAUCCACUGAGUCUUCCUCUGGCACAACAACGAGUUCAGCAUCGGGAAUCCCCAAAAGAGGCAAACCACCGAAGUGGUACAAAAGGCCCGCAAACACAUCGACCUCGACGUUGAUCGGUGGCGGUGAGGGGGCUCACAGUGGUGCCAGUACUCCUGUUUCCAGCGAGGUUCUGUCUGCAGCUUCAAAUCGACGAGGACAGGAAGGGGGAGGAAACAAGUCCAGUCAAAAUAUGCGUCUUGAAGAUGAAAUCCGAGUGACAGUUCACAUUGCCGAGAUUAUCUGUCGCCAGCGGUACAUCAUGCAGCUCUGCCGGUGUUUGAUGACAUUCGGUGCGCCCACUCAUAGACUGGAAGAAUACAUGCAGAUGACAGCUAAGGUGCUUGAAGUCGACAGCCAAUUUUUGUAUCUUCCAGGCUGUAUGAUCAUGUCAUUUGAUGAUCCGUCUACUCGCACGACAGAAGUGAAACUAGUUCGUGUGAACCAGGGUAUUGACCUGGCACGAUUAUCAGACUCGCAUCUCAUCUACAAGAAUGUGAUCCAUGAUGUGAUCGGCAUUGAGGAAGCAGUCCAAGAACUGGACAGCAUUAUGAAGAAAGAUCCUCGUUAUCCAAAAUGGAUGAUUGUCCUGGUUUACGGCGUCGCUACUGCGACUGUCGGACCAUUUGCCUUUAACGCGAGACCAAUUGAUAUGCCAAUUAUCUUUCUCAAUGGCCUUCUUGUUGGGCUGAUGCAACAUGUUGCUGCACCGCGGUCAGUUUUGUACGCCAAUGUUUUCGAAGUUACAUCGACUGUCGUAACAUCGUUCCUGGCUCGAGCCUUUGGGAGUAUCCCCCGUGCCAUCGUAGACGGUAAGCGAGAAUACCUUUUUUGUUUCUCUGCCAUUGCACAAGCUUCUAUUGCAUUGAUUCUACCCGGUUUUCUAGUACUCUGUGCUAGUCUAGAACUUCAAUCUCAUCAAAUCAUCGCCGGAUCCAUCCGAAUGGUUUAUGCCCUCCUGUUCUCCUUAUUCAUCGGCUACGGUAUCACCGUUGGUACAACUGUCUAUGGUCUUAUAGACAACGGCGCCGUUUCAGACACCACUUGUCCUAAGGAAGGGGCCUUUAAAAACCCAUACGUUCAGCGGUUUCCUUUUGUCGUGAUCAUGACUGUCUGGCUCCUGAUUAUCAACCAGGGCAAAUGGAAGCAGCUCCCACCAAUGACAAUAAUCGCUCUAUCGGGGUACAUCAGCAACUAUUUCAGUACGAAGAAACUCGGAUCCAACUCACAGGUUGCAAAUACAGUGGGCGCAUUCACCAUAGGGAUCAUGGGUAAUCUAUACAGUCGCUUCUGGCAUGGCCACGCUGCGACGGCUAUUCUUCCUGGCAUUUUCAUUCUCGUCCCCUCUGGACUCGCCGCGACUGGAUCCCUUAUUACAGGUGUUCAAUCCGCCGAUGAAAUUCGCCAAAACAUUUCUCACCACGGUGCCGCGAGCUCUGCGCCCGGUGCUGGCCUGUCAUCCAGUAGCUCUGUUUUCAGCUUGGGGUUUGGAAUGAUUCAAGUGGCGAUCGGUAUUACCAUUGGUCUGUUUAUAUCUGCGUUGAUAGUUUAUCCAUAUGGGAAGCGUCGCAGUGGGCUAUUCAGCUUUUAG